AAUUGUGGCUGUAAGACAGCGUUGCUAUAAGUUCAACCGACUGCAGAGUAUUUGUCAUGGAUUCUACUACAGAUUUGGCAUGGGAGGGAGCCAGGUAGACCAUUAAAGGUUCCAGCGGUUGAAAUUUAGUCUUAGGCUUUUCUGAUACCAUGUUCCAUUGGAGUCCGGAAUACGAGUGCUUUCACCAGUAUCAGACUCAAAGCCUACAGAAAACCCUCCAAUUGCCAAUAGAGCUCCUUCAGCUCUACAGCCACCACCAACAAUAUGGUUCUGUCCAGAAGUUCGUAGCCAAAUCAAUGGCUCUGGAUUUAGGUUUAACAGACAAAGUGGCCAGUGUGAAAGUAGCCUUAUUAUAGAUGAUGGCACCCAUACCAACCAUUUAUCGAGCAACUACGGAUUCCCGCUAUGAAAGGUUGUUGACCAGAUCGUAAACCCAACACCAGAAGUGGUUCCCUUGAGAAAUAUGAUUAUUUUUUAAUGGAGACUGGCAAACCAUAGAGAAGUCCUUUCAAUAGUUAUUCUUGAGCAUAUAUCGCUCCUUUGAAGUAUGUCUUGGUAAUUUGGGUGGCAGUUCACUUCUUGCCUUCUAUGGCUUUCAUAAGGGAGGAAACAGAUAAUUCCAUGAUC